AGUCAUUCUGCUCCUUUUCGAUAGUCUGUUUCUUACGUGUGCCAGUUAAUGUGUUGCACCAAAAAUUUCUGUGACGUGUGAUCCGUUUCGAAGCGCUCGUAACGCUUACAUUGGCUCAACAUGGCCAAACGUUCUGUGACCGUGCUGACCACGCACGGACGCCGCCAGGUAGUGAAGGUGGAACCCGACAUGACCGUGCUGCAGAUUUUGGAAACCGUGUGUCAAAAGUACAAUUUUCCCCACGAAGAGUACGAUCUGCUGCACCACAACAAGGUGCUCGAUCUAUCCGCUAUGUUCCGGUUCUCGGGCUUACCCAACAACGCCCAGCUCGAGAUGGCGAAGGCGAAACGGGUACGCAAGGAAGAAGACAUAAUCAUCCAACUCCAGCUGGAGGAUGGUACGCGUACGUCCAACGGAACGUUCCAAUCGUCGCACACGCUGCAUGACGUGUUGCUGUCACUCUGUCCGGAUCGAGCCGUUCCCGAAGCGCACCCGGUUCUAGUGUACAUGCGCCGGGAAGUGUACUGGGAGCAGCUAGCGUCGACAACCCUCAGGAGCCUUGGGUUAACCCGAGGUAGAGCCGCUCUACGAUUGCUCCGGCGCCGUUCGGAAGAUCCGAAAACCCAAGCCAACGUGUCGGCACCGUUACCACAGCCGCUUCGUGAUGUGGAUAAAAAAUCGGACGGUACCACCGUGCCUUUGACUACAAACGUUCCUUCCGUUACCACCCCAGUUGUCAUUCCACCCGCGAAGGAGUCCGAUCGAAGCGAGGAACAAAAAGCGAUCGAGGAAGACCGACCGGUACCAGUGACCGAACAGCCUACGGUGGUGAAGGAGCCAGAACCGUUGCCGUCGACGUCAGCUUCGGUUUCAUUGCAGGAGCAGCAAAAGAUCGCAGCGCAGAUAAACAUUUUGGGAGACCGGGACGCGGUGCUGUAUCAUGCAUCGACCGCUGAACGAGACCACAGGGAGGUGAAUGAUUCAUUCUUCGAGCUAACGGUUCCCGAAAUUGCGCAGCUGUACAAGCAGCUUCAGGAUCGCGUGAAAGCGUACGAGGACGCACCCCUACUAACGGCGGAACUGCGGGAGCUCGAGCGGAACACGCAGCUGCUUAGCUCGAUGAACCGCUUCCGGCAGGCUGUGAUACGGAUCCUGUUCCCUGACCGGCACAUCUUGCAAGGAGUCUUUCAGGUGUUUGAACAUGUGAGCCACGUGGAGGAGUUUGUCCGCGGGUUUCUCACCGAUCCGGCUCAACCGUUCUAUUUGUAUUUGACACCACCGAAGUUGGUGCUGCAGCCAUCGGUUUUGCUAGUGGAUGCUGGCUGUUUUCCGCAGGUCUUGCUUCACUUCAGCUCGGAACAGUCGUCUAGCGAAGGUACGAUGCCACCAGCGUCUGGGUACCUUCGCGCGGAGCUGCUCGAGCGUUUAUCGAACGCGGCUGGAGCCGCUGUCUUGGCUUCACGGGCGAAACGAAAUAAUGCAGCCACGGCAGGCCAAGAGGAACCUGUUGGGAGCGACCAGCUCAGUGAAGAAGCUAGCGAAAGUAUCCCGUUGCCGGCAGCUAGUGUGUCCUUUGACGCAGCAAUCGCUGGUCCAUCGAACCGCAUACCGAAUCGGAAUUUUCGGCAAUCUACCACCGUGAGUCCUUCUAACGAGCGAGCAGCGAAGAUAUUGAAGUUCUUGCGAAAGUAGCCGGGAUGGGUGGGAAAACGCCGGAAGCACUAGAGUAGGUUUGUUUUUGCUUCUUUAACGAUCGUAAAAAUCCAUUUGUCUCACAGCAAAGCACUGUUAGAGCUAGUGUAGUGUCGCUUUUGCUCGUGUCUCAGUUGUACGUUCGUUAUUUUGAUUACAUUACCUUUUUUUGUCGGUUUUCAAUCAGUAAAAAGGGCUUUAAAAGGGAAGGAGAAGCUCUUGCAGAAUCACUGAUAUAUGCGGUAAAC